GAUAUUUCCACCGGAAAAUUCGAGUCUUUUCUAGCAAAAACCAAAGCUUGAUCCCUAAAACCAGAUAUUUAUCCCGGAAAGAACCACUUUUCUAGAACAAGGGCAAGGUAAAAAAACAUAGAUCUGUAUUUAUAACCCUUUUUUUUUUUUUUUUAAGAAAAAGAAGACUUUGUAUAAAGAGGGAUUCAUCACUCACAGUUAAGUGUGCGAGUGCGUGUGAAGAACAACAUAUAUAGAAGAUAGUUUGUAGACGGUUCUUGUUUCCUUCUUCAGUACAGCCGUUACACCAAUCUGCAUUUACUUUCUUCCUUCUGAUUAGACAGACCAUUACAACACACAUUCAUAUACUCCUAUUCAUACCUCAGUCUAGGAUUUGUGAGUCUCAUUGAGUUUUGGUUGGUAUCAGUAGUAUCUGGACUUCUGUCCUUCGGUUAAUUUAUCAGAUUCGGAGUGGUUAAGGUAGAUCUUGGAGUUUGAAGUUGAGAAACAUGGCGUUUGUGAACAACUGUGUUUCUAACACGAAGAGGGCAAAUGAAGAAUACGGAAUGGGGCUUGUGAGAAGUACAUCGUUUGGGAGGAAAAGGGUCGCGCUGUCCUGUGUUGGUAUGGAGUUGGGGAAUGAAGAUGAUUGUAUUGCCACCACACCUUGGAAGAGACAGUGCUUUCAAGAUACGUUUUUCUCUACAGAAAAAUCUGCACUUGAGGACUUGCCUCAGGAAAUUUUGAUUAGAAUACUCUGUGGUGUGGAGCAUGAUGAUUUGAAAAGGCUGUGUUUUGUAUCCAAAGCAAUAAGAGAAGCGACUUUGAUCGCAAAGCAAUCCCAUUUUGCUUAUAGUACCCCCAGGAAGACUGUCGGGUUCCAGAACGUGGAGUAUUUUGGCGAUUUCAACGAGGUCGAAGCUCCAAAUGCUCCGAAACAAUCGAGGGUUCCACGGUACAGAUUGAGUACGAAGAAACUUGCCGACAUCUCAGUUGCCCUGUUUGCUUCUGGAGACGAGGAUGUUUGGGAGGAGAGACUUGUACCAUGAAACGGAAACGGGGAAGUGAACAAGGUUGUGUACAGCGGCGUUGUUGUUGUAGGUUGUAAAUGAAUUGGUUGUCUGGAUGAUCUGAUAAUGCUUAUCAGAUUGUGUGUACAUGUUAGAAACAAAUAUUUUCAGGCCAGUUUUUCUUCAACCCUUUUCAUUGAAGAUGGGGUGGCUUGUCUGUAAUUGUUUGUACAUGUGGGGUAGUAAGGAAGGGGUUUAGACUAUCUGUCGUAGGGCUUUUGAUCCAAUGUGAAUGUGACAAUGUAAAUGUGGUCAUGAGCAUAUGUACAAAUUCUAAUUUAUUUGAACCAGAAAAAAAUGAAUUCCUCGUCAAUACCUA